GGGGAGGGGGGGAGGGGCAGCGGCCGAAGGAAGGAGGGACCCCCCCGGAGCGGCCCCAGGGCAUGGAAUGAAGUACCGGACAUUGGGCAGGUCCGGACUGCGGGUGUCGUGCAUUGGGCUGGGCAUUCAGGGGACGUUUGGGGCUGGGAUCUCUGAUGAGGUGCUGACCGCAGCCUAUGACAGUGGGGUCACCCUCUAUGACGUCACUGAGGCCUCCGGAAGGGCUGAGAAGAUGCUGGGAGAGGUCCUAAGGAGCAAAGGAUGGAGACGCUCCAGUUACGUCAUCACCACGAGGGUCUUCUGGGGGGGGCAGGCUGACCGGAGCCUCUCACGGAAGCAAGUCCUGGAGGGCCUGCAGGGGUCGCUCCAGCGGCUGCAGCUCGACUACGUUGACGUCAUCUUCGCGGGUCCCCGCCCAGGCCCCGCCCACACCGAAGAGCUGGUGCGCGUCAUGAGUGACGUCAUCGACCGGGGACUGGCGCUGUACUGGGGCACGGCAGGGGGCGCCCCCAAUGACGUCAUGGACACCUUCGCUGUUGCUCGUCAGUUCAACCUCGUGGCCCCCGUGUGUCAGUGGGCGGAGCUUCCGCCGGAGCCCCGCCUCUUCCGGCAGCUCGGCCUGGGCGCUGUCACUUGGUCCCCAUUGGCCCCAGGCCCUGCCCUACAGGAGGAGCAGCUGCCCCAUGGGCGCCCCAUAGGCAAGGCUAUGGGGCACCGGAAGCCAUUGAACCCUGCAGACCUGCAGCCAUUGGCCCAGCGCUUGGGCUGCUCUGUGUCCCAGUUGGGCAUUGGUCCUGCCCAACCUCAGCCCCACAGCCCUACAGGAGCUCGACCCCCUGCUGGGGGCAGCGGCGCCUCCAUAGGCCCCGCCCCUCACCUCCCAUUGGCUGCCUCCCGCAUGAGCCCAGCCCCUCCUCAUCCAAUCCCUGCCCCUCGCCCAGCCCCUCCAGCCAAUGGGGUUGCAGGGGGGCGUGGCCUCCCCUCCUCCUGUAGCCCCUCCCCUUCGAGGGGGCGUGGCCACGUCACUAUAGAGCAAUAACCCCGCCCCCCUCCGCAAGGGGGCGGGGCCUUCUAAGCACAACCCCUCCCCCCUUUUGGUCCUGACCAAUCACAGCGCUUCCAGGGGAGGGGGCGGGGCCUCGCUCUGCUCCGCCC